AUGGAGACUGGAAGCGGCGGCGGCGGGAGGCUGCCUAAGUCGGAGUCGGCAGAGAUGCGGUGGGUAGUACCCGGCGGGGCCGACGACGAGGACGAGAUCGAGAGCUCCGACGAUGGCUUCGGCGGCACGGACACCCCGGUGGCCGCCUCGGGUUCUCGCGGCGGUUGCUCGGACGCAGACGAGGACGAGGAGGACGCGCUGCUUCACCACCGCCUCGUGCGCACGGGCCCGCGCGCUGACUCCUUCGACGUCGAAGCUCUUGACGUCCCCGGCCUGUACCGCCACCAGGAGUUUACCUUAUGCAGGAGUAUUGUGUUGACACUUCAGACAUUAGGUGUUGUCUUUGGAGACGUUGGUACCAGCCCAUUGUACACUUUCGAUAUAAUGUUCAACAAAUACCCUAAUACUUCAAAGGAGGAUGUCCUUGGAGCACUCUCACUUGUAAUAUACACACUGAUUCUAGUACCAUUGCUGAAGUAUACUCUGAUUGUCUUAUGGGGGAAUGAUAAUGGAGAAGGGGGGAUAUUUGCUUUAUACUCUCUAAUAUGCAGAAAUGCAAAGGCUAGUCUGCUUCCUAACCAACUACCCUCUGAUACCCGUAUAUCAAGUUUCCAACUCAAGGUGCCGUCGGUAGAACUUGAGAGGUCCUUGAGGAUAAAGGAGCGCCUUGAGACUUCAUCUAUGCUGAAGAAACUACUUUUGAUGCUUGUUCUUUUUGGUACUUCUAUGGUGAUAGCGGAUGGUGUUGUUACACCCGCGAUGUCAGUGAUGUCUGCUGUUAAUGGCCUGAAGGUUGGAAUAUCUAGUGUUAAUGAAGGAGAAGUGGUCAUGAUAACUGUUGCAUUUCUUAUUGUUCUGUUCAGUCUGCAAAGGUUCGGAACAAGCAAAGUCGGGCUUGUUGUUGGACCUGCCUUGUUCAUAUGGUUUUGCUGCCUUUCUGGGAUAGGAAUUUACAACAUAAUGACAUACGGUUCAGAAGUAUUUCGAGCAUUCAAUCCUAUAUAUAUGUACUAUUAUUUUGAAAGAAAACCAACAGAAGCUUGGAUGUCUCUUGGGGGCUGUCUUUUAUGUGCAACAGGUUCUGAAGCAAUGUUUGCUGAUUUAUGCUACUUCUCUGUUAGAUCUGUUCAGCUUACCUUUGUGUGUCUUGUUCUUCCAUGCCUUCUACUGGGAUACCUAGGGCAAGCUGCAUUUCUUCUGGAAAACUUGACUGAAAAUGAGCAAGUCUUCUUUUUGUCUAUCCCGACUCAGGUGUUUUGGCCAGUGGUGUUCAUAGCUACUCUGGCGGCACUAAUUGCUAGUCGUACAAUGACAACUGCUAUAUUCUCAAUCAUUAAGCAGGCUACAGCUCUUGGCUGUUUUCCCCGACUCAAGAUAAUUCACACUUCUAGAAAGUUCAUGGGUCAAAUAUACAUCCCAGUGAUGAACUGGUUUUUGCUGGUUUCUUGUCUUGCUUUUGUUACGACAUUUGGGAGCAUCAAUGAGAUUGGCAACGCAUAUGGCAUAGCUGAACUUGGGGUCAUGAUGAUGACUACUAUAUUGGUGACCAUCAUAAUGCUUCUGAUAUGGCAGGUCAACAUCGUUGUAGUUCUAUGCUUUCUCACCCUCUUCCUGGGUCUGGAGUUAUUUUUCUUUUCUUCAGUAUUGGGCAGUGUGGCAGAUGGAAGUUGGGUUCUUUUGGUAUUUACCGCUGCACUGUAUUUGAUAAUGUACAUAUGGAACUAUGGAACCAAGUUGAAGUAUGAAACUGAGGUUAAGCAAAAGCUUUCGAUGGACUUAAUGAUGGAUCUGGGCUGUAAUCUGGGUACAGUAAGAGCCCCUGGAAUUGGAUUGCUUUAUAAUGAACUGGUGAGGGGAGUUCCUGCAAUCUUUGGUCACUUCCUCACCACAAUGCCAGCCAUCCAUUCGAUGAUAAUUUUUGUCUGCAUCAAGUGGGUUCCUGUUCCUGUUGUCCCUCAGAAUGAAAGGUUUCUCUUUCGCCGGGUCUGCCCCAAGAACUACCAUAUGUUUCGCUGUAUUGCUAGGUAUGGUUACAAAGAUGUACGCAAGGAGAACCCCCAAGCAUUUGAACAGCUUCUGAUAGAAAGUCUUGAGAAAUUCAUACGCCGAGAAGCCCAAGAACGGUCCCUAGAGAGUGAUGAGAAUGGUGACACUGACUCUGAAGAGGAAGUUGCGUCAUCCUCAUCAAGAGUUCUUGUUGGUCCAAAUGGUAGUAUCUACUCACUUGGUGUUCCGCUCCUAGAUGAGUCUGCUGGUGCUUCAAAUCCAACCUUGGGAUCGAGCACAUCAUUUGAUGGAUCUCUGGACGAAACAAUGGAUGGAAGGCGAAGCCUAGACAAUGAGCUCUCUUUCAUUCACAAGGCCAAGGAGUCUGGCGUUGUUUACCUUCUUGGGCAUGGAGACAUCAGAGCUCGGAAGGAAUCCUUCUUUGUCAAGAAGCUAGUGAUAAACUAUUUUUACGCAUUCCUGAGGAAGAACUGUCGGAGGGGCAUAGCAACGUUGAGUAUACCCCACACAAGGCUGAUGCAGGUCGCGAUGCAAUACAUGGUGUAGGGUUUUUGCCCCAAAUUUUCAGAGGCCAGGUUGCUGUACAAAGGGGCAAAAGGCACUGUUUUACUCGAGAGCUACCUCCUGUGGUAGAUUCAAUAUUUAGUGGUCAUUAACAAAAGUGCUGUUUACUGGAAGGCUGUCGGACGGAGACUGACCCUUUUAACGAAAAUUCUGUAGUUUACACAGUUUUGAUCCAAAGUUCCCUUCAUCGGAAGAGAAACUGUCUGGUAGUUUUUUGCUUGUCUGUCUUUGUCGAGAGGAAUGAACCAACAGUCGUAUCGGUUGCCCAGC